AUCACUCGCGCGCAGCGAGCACCCCUCCACGCCAUGUUUAUAUUCCCCUGUUCUGCUAGAUUUCGAUGAUGCCCCGAUUUCCUUCCUUUUAUUUGCCUUUUAUCCAGAUAUCACAUUUCCACCAUGCAAGCAGCUCUCCCCUACGCUCUCCCAGCCCUCGCCGGCCUCGCAUACCUUAAUGGCCGACAUGCCUUCACCUACGACUACUCGCUCCUCUCCUCCUUCCUCUCCGCCAGCAUAAACGGCAUCCUCCACGAGCGACGCGACGACAUCAACCUCUUCUACACGCUCGAGUCUCACGCGCAAUCCUCCAACCGGCACCGGCCCUGGAUACUCCACGCCGGCGAAAGCUGGACCUACGCCGAAGCAUACGAAAUCGUCCUGAAAUACGGAACAUGGCUGAAGAGCAAGGGCGUCCAGAAAGACGAGAUCAUCGCAAUGGACUUUGUGAACUCGGAGGUGUUUAUCUGGGUGUGGUUCGGCUUGUGGAGUAUUGGUGCGAAACCCGCGUUUAUCAAUUACAAUUUGACGGGGAUGCCGCUGGUUCAUUCGAUCAGGGCAUCGAGUGCGAGACUGGUGUUGGUGGAUGAGAAUGGAAGGCGGAAGUUUGACGAGAGGGCCAUGGAGGAGCAUGGGUUUGUGCCUAGGCCGAGCGAUGCGGGAGUGCCGGAGGGGACGCAGGCGAAGUAUGGGUUUGAGAGUGACCCGAGCCAGAUUCCGAGGAAUGUGCAGAGACAUAGCCGGAUGCCGUCGUCUAGAGAGAAGGCUUCAGAGAGAGCAUCGGAACCUCAGCGCCAGACGUUGGAGAUCGUCUUCUUCGAUAAACGGCUGGAAAACUACAUCUUAUCUCUCAAACCGGUUCGCCAGCCCAACUCCGAACGUGGCAACCAGAAGAAGCACAACAUGGGUAUGCUCAUCUACACCUCUGGUACCACAGGCCUUCCCAAAGCCGCAGUCAUGAGCUGGGGCAAAGCCAACCUUGGUGCCCGCUUUAUCUACUGUUGGAUACCACUCAAGAAGACGGACGUCAUAUACACACCCAUGCCGCUCUACCACUCAGCAGCUUCCGUCCUAGGCGUAUGCGCAACACUCCACGCCGGCAGCGCAAUCUGCAUCAGUAAGCACUUCAGUCAUCACACAUUCUGGCCCGAAGUCUGCGCAUCCAAAGCUACCAUCAUUCAAUACGUUGGCGAGACAUGCCGCUACCUCCUCUCUGCGCCGUCCUCCCCGCUCGACAAAAAACACAAUGUGCGAGCAGCCUUCGGUAAUGGCCUCCGGCCGGACGUCUGGGAGCCAUUCAAAGAGCGCUUCGGCAUCAACACCAUCUACGAAUUCUACUCCGCCACCGAAUCCCCCUCAGGCAUGUUCAACAAAUCCACAAACUCCUUCAGCGCCGGCGCCUUCGGCCGCAACGGAACCAUCGCCGAACUAGCUAUGGGCCACACCCUCGCAGUCGUUCGACUGGAUCCUAAUUCCUCACCUCCCUCUCCGUUACGCCAUCCCACCACCGGCCUCUGCCAAAUCGCCGACUGGAACGAACCUGGUGAACUCCUCUACAAACUCGACCCCUCCAACAUCCAGGAGAAAUUCCAGGGCUACUUCGGCAACGACAGCGCGACGACAGAGAAGAUUCUAAGAGAUGUAAGGUCGAAGGGGGAUGCGUAUUUCAGGAGUGGGGACCUUGUACGUUGGGAUAGAGAGGGCCGAUGGUGGUUUGUGGAUCGCAUUGGGGAUACAUUUCGCUGGAAAGCGGAGAAUGUGUCGACAGCCGAGGUCGCGGACGUCCUGGGUAAGCAUGACGCUGUGGAGGAAGCGAAUGUGUACGGCGUGUCCGUGCCGCAUCAUGAUGGGCGCGCGGGAUGUGCGGCUGUCGUGCUCAAGCAGAAGGCGAAGGACGACUUGCCGCUGCCGCAUCCGCACAUGCUCAAAUCGCUCGCUGAGCAUCUCAGAAACGGACUACCGAGCUUUGCGGUCCCAGUCUGGUUGAGAGUCACGCGGCAGAUGCAUACGACGGGCACGAAUAAGCAGCAGAAGCAUUUGUUCCAGCGGGAUGGGAUUGAAGUCGAGCGGGUGGAGGGGUGUGGCGAUGCGCUGUUUUGGUUAGACGAGCGGAGGGAGACGUAUGAGCGGUUUACAGGGGAGCAUCUGGAGAGAAUUAAGGGUGGGGCUGUGAAGUUGUAGGUCGCAUGAAAAAGGCGAUGGGAUGCGGUAGACGAUCUGGAACGUCGUUGAGGCAAGAUACCACCAUGAAUGCAUACUGUUGAG